AUGCACUGUCGAAUAUCACCCGCUGCUAGAUCUUAUCAACCCAAGAGUCCAGUUAUCACAGCUGUCAUCAUUAUGUUUACUUGCACCUAUAAGGAAGCGAAUACCCCUUUCCGCGAGAUUAUAUCGCUGCUCUUGCGCAUCGCAUUGGAAGGCCUGAUAUUGCGAGCAAGAGAUCAAACGCAGUGCUGUUCGAAUGACGAAAUCGUCAUGGCCACUACGUUCACCGCUGUCAUCGCAACCUGGGAUUCGCAUGUGCCACAUUGGAUGAGGAUCUCACCUGGAAUCAAGUCCAAUUCGGUCAGUGAGGAAACGACUUAUCCCGAGUUGGCCGAAGGAUACUCGAAUGAGUCAAAAUGUGUCAGAGCUGGGCCUUUUGGAACUACAUGA